AUGAUCCAGGCAAUCCUCCAGCGCCUGGGCCGCUGGCUCGACCGGCCGCUCUUCCCAUGGAAACGCCUCGUCGUCGGCUUCUCGCUCGCAGAGUUCGCUCUUGAGAACUGGCUUCUCUUCCGCCAAUACCGUGUCCUUCAACGAACUACUGUCCCCAAAGCCCUCGACAAGGAAAUCGAAAGAGACACUUUUGACAAAUCCCAGGAAUAUGGUCGCGCCAAAGCCAAGUUCAGCUUCAUCUCCGGUCUCUUCAACCAACUCAAGUCCCUCGCUACCCUCUACUUCAACGUAUACCCGCUCGUCUGGGCUGCCGCCGGCACCGUCGUCGCCCGCUAUGCGCCCGUCCGCUUCUCUGGUGAAAUCACACAGUCGCUCCUGUUCAUGUACAUGUUGGGAUGGAUCGAUCUGGUUGCUGGUCUCGGCUUCUCCUACUACCACAGCUUCGUGCUAGAGGAGAAGUUCGGCUUCAACAAGAUGACGGUCAAGCUCUGGCUUACGGAUAUGAUCAAGGGUCAGGCUCUUGCUAUUGCCUUCGGUGUUCCCAUUGGAAGCGCUUUCUUGACUAUCAUCAAGAAGACUGGCCAAGGUUUCUUCUACUACCUGUGGAUGUUCAUGCUGGUUGUUCAGAUCACGGGCAUGACUAUCUACCCGAUCCUCAUUGUGCCACUGUUCAACAAGCUGGAGCCGCUCAAGCCAGGCAAGCUCAAGGAGUCUGUCGAGGCUCUUGCGUCUAAGCUCAACUUCCCACUCUCAGAACUACAGGUUAUCGACGGCAGCAAGCGCAGCGCCCACAGCAACGCGUACUUCACUGGACUCCCCUGGAUCGGCAAGAAGAAGAUUGUCAUCUACGACACACUGCUUGAGAAGAGCACAGAAAAGGAGGUCGAGGCUGUUCUGGCACACGAACUUGGACACUGGAAGAUGAACCACACUUCGCGACUUUUAUUCAUUAGUCAGGCGCAUUUGUUCUACAUGUUCGCCCUGUUCUCCGUCUUCAUCGACAACCGCUCGCUAUAUGCCGACUUCGGUUUCCAUAGGGAACAGCCGACAAUCGUUGGCUUCAUGCUCUUCAACGAGAUCUUGUCGCCCACUGACUCCAUCAUCAAGCUUCUCCUCAACAUCUGGACUCGCAGCAUGGAGUACGAAGCCGAUGCUUUCGCCGUAAAGCUCGGGUAUGCGCGCGAACUCGGUGCCUCAUUGAUCAAGCUUCAGAUUCAGAACUUGUCAAGCAUGGAUGCCGACUGGUUCUACUCGAGUUUCCACCACUCGCACCCAAUUCUGACCGAGCGCCUCAAGGCUAUGAACUGGACUGGCGACAAAAAGGUCUCAGAAGACAAGGCGGCGGACGAGGAGAAGCCUGUGAAGGCAGCGGAUCGAGAACUCUAG